CGUUCAUCAUUUUCAGCAACCAAUAAAUCAAAACUCAAAAAAAAAAAAAAAAUAAAAAAAAUACAUAAAAAAUAUUAUUUUGUAAAAAAACAAAGUAAACCACAAUGAAUCGCAUUGACCUCACGCUAGAUGACAUGGCCAACAACAAGUUUCUCACAAUAUACAAUAGUCUGAUCAAGAGCUUCACCGCCUCCACGGAUUUCUCUUCCAACGAUGUGGUGAGCUUGCUGAUCGUGUUCUACAAGUACACGCUCAACAACGGAACCCGCAUGAUGUCCACUCAGCAGCUCUACAAUCUAUUCCUCGUCAGUUUUGGCAUCUUCGACGUAAGCAUUAUCGAGCGUAUUUCGAUGAAUAUCACGAGGGACGGUCGAUCCGUUUCUCCAGAGGACUGGAUGGGACUGUUCUCCGUGUUUUUCACCGGAAAUCUGGAGGAGCGAAUGAAAUUCGCAUUUGAGGUUUAUACAAGUGCUGGUACAUUGGUUCUAAAUCGUGAGGUGGUCGGCUUGGCUAUUGAGAAAUUCUUUUACGGCGAUGAUGAUGAUGAGAUCAAAGAACUCCGAGCGGACAUGUGUGAGUUUUUAUUCGCAAAAUUCGACACGGAUAAAGAUGGCGUUAUAGCGUUCGAAGAGUAUGCCGAAAUUGUCCAAAAUCAGCCUGGACUGCUCGAGUUUUUAGGGAAAAUAUUCCCAGAUGAUAAGGACCGAUCAUUGGUGGCUUACUGCCAUAACAUUGAGUCAAUGUUUCCACCAGAGGAUGGGUACUAAAUAAAGCGCUUUUCUUUGUGAAACAAA